UGAUGGGAUUAGGUUGGAAAUGAGAAGUGAGGAAAAGAAACUACAGAGAAGCUGAGGUUUUUGUUUUUUUUUUUUUUUUUUUUAAUUUCUCGGACAACUAAGUGGGAAGCCGCUGCUCAGUGCGUGUUCACAGUGUGAGUGAUGGAAUGAGCUCAUAAACCGCGGCGGGUGUCGCAGAGCCUCGCUGCGUGCCAGGCCCUACCAGAAGGACUCCCCAAGGGUUGAUUCAUUUAACCCUGAAAACAACUAGCCGAGGCCACGUGUUCGCCAUCCCUGGGUUACAGAUGAAGUGACCAAGGCGCAGAGCCCUUUGGACACGUGCUCACCACCCCCCACUCAGGCCGGAGCACCCCAAGCAGUUCUCCAUCUCUGCGGAAGCGGCUGCAGCUCCUGCCCCCGAGUCGGCCGCCGCCCGAGCCCGAAGCAGGCACCAUGGUGGAGAAGGGGUCGGACAGCUCCUCGGAGAAGGGCGGGGUGCCCGGGACCCCCAGCACCCAGAGCCUGGGCAGCCGGAACUUCAUUCGCAACAACAAGAAGAUGCAGAGCUGGUACAGUAUGCUGAGCCCCACGUACAAGCAGCGCAAUGAGGACUUCCGGAAACUGUUCAGCAAGCUGCCGGAGGCCGAGCGCCUCAUCGUGGAUUACUCCUGCGCCCUGCAGCGCGAGAUCCUCCUCCAGGGCCGCCUCUAUCUCUCCGAGAACUGGAUCUGCUUCUACAGCAACAUCUUCCGCUGGGAGACCACGAUUUCCAUCCAGCUGAAGGAGGUGACGUGUCUGAAGAAGGAGAAGACGGCCAAGCUGAUCCCCAACGCCAUCCAGAUCUGUACGGAGAGCGAGAAGCAUUUCUUCACUUCCUUUGGGGCCCGGGACCGCUGCUUCCUCCUCAUCUUCCGUCUCUGGCAGAACGCGCUUCUGGAAAAGACGCUGAGUCCCCGUGAGCUCUGGCACCUGGUGCAUCAGUGCUACGGCUCGGAGCUGGGCCUCACCAGCGAGGACGAGGACUACGUCUGCCCCUUGCAGCUGAACGGUCUCGGCAGCCCCAAGGAGGUGGGAGAUGUGAUUGCCCUGAGCGACAUCGCCCCGACCACAGGGGCUGCUGACCGCAGCCAGGAACCAAGCCCUGUGGGUUCGCGCCGAGGCCGCGUCACCCCCAACCUUUCCCGUGCCAGCAGCGACGCCGACCACGGGGCAGAGGAGGACAAGGAGGAGCCAAUGGACAGCCAGCCAGACGCCCCGUCCAGCCAGACUGCCACCCCGCUGGCGGAACCCCCGAGCACAGAGCCCACCCCGCCCGACGGGCCCGCCUCCCUGGGCCCCUUGGACCUGCUGCCCAGUGAGGAGCUCCUGACGGACACCAGUAACUCCUCGUCAUCCACCGGGGAGGAAGCCGACCUGGCCGCCCUGCUGCCGGACCUCUCGGGCCGGCUCCUCAUCAACUCCGUCUUCCACGUGGGCGCUGAGCGGCUGCAGCAGAUGCUGUUCUCAGACUCGCCCUUUCUCCAGGGCUUCCUGCAGCAGUGCAAGUUCACAGACGUGACCCUGAGCCCCUGGAGCGGGGACAGCAAGUGCCACCAGCGCCGGGUGCUGACCUACACCAUCCCCAUCAGCAACCCGCUGGGCCCCAAGAGCGCCUCCGUGGUGGAGACACAGACGCUGUUCCGGCGCGGCCCGCAGGCCGGUGGCUGCGUGGUGGACUCGGAGGUGCUAACCCACGGCAUCCCCUACCAGGACUACUUCCACACCGCCCACCGCUACUGCAUCCUGGGCCUGGCCCGGAACAAGGCCCGGCUCCGCGUGUCCUCCGAGAUCCGCUACCGCAAGCAGCCCUGGAGCCUGGUGAAGUCCCUCAUCGAAAAGAACUCGUGGAGUGGCAUCGAGGACUACUUCCAUCACCUGGAGCGAGAACUGUCCAAGGCCGAGAAGCUGACCCUGGAGGAGGGCGGGAAGGAGGCCCGGGGGCUGCUGCCGGGCCUACGGAGGCGGAAGCGACCCCUGAGCUGGAGGGGUCACAGCGACGGGCCCCAGCACCCGGAUCCCGACCCUGGCGCGAGGGCAGGCCUGCACCCCUCAGGCUCCCUUAGCUCCCGCUUCUCGGAACCAGCCGCGGACCAGGGCCCGGGGGCCGGCAUCCCCAGCGCCCUGGUUCUCAUCAGCAUUGUCCUCAUUGUCCUCAUCGCCCUCAACGCCCUCCUCUUUUACCGUCUGUGGUCCCUGGAGAGGACGGCCCACACCUUCGAGUCCUGGCACAGCCUGGCCCUGGCCAAGGGGAAGUUCCCCCAGACAGCCACGGAGUGGGCCGAGGUCCUGGCCCUGCAGAAGCAGUUCCACAGCGUCGAGGUGCACAAGUGGAGGCAGAUCCUGCGGGCUUCCGUGGAGCUCCUGGACGAGAUGAAGUUCUCGCUGGAGAAGCUGCAUCAAGGCAUCGCCGUCUCGGACCCUCCGUUUGACCCCCAGCCGCAGCCCGAAGACAGCUUCUCUUGAGGUCUCCAGGCCACGCAGCCGUCCCCAGAUGGACACACACAGCCCAGCCCCGGCGGCCACUGCUGGCACAGUGUGAGCGCCGGGAACCUCCCGCCUGACCCUCCCGGCGGCGGCCCGGCCAGGGGCCACGCAGACGUGGGGACCACAGGAACGAGAUGCACUUUAGAGCAGCGUGUGCGAGUCCAGCCGCCGUUGCCCGCCUGGCCUUCGGCAGGACCCCACUAACUUAUUUUACACGGCCGGUGUUGGGGGGGUGCCUCCUGGGGUGCACGACUCCCUCAGCUCUGGGUUUAAUGUAUUAUAUUUAUUUGGGGCUGACAGAACCCCCAAUAAAGGGUUGGAA